CAACUUGUGGCGCUUUCUUUUGACAGCUCAGUGUGCAUUCGGUCUUUGUCUGUUUGGGAGCAUCGUGGAUGCGCUCAGAUUGCAUUUAUCCAAGUGUUUGUGUGGGUGAAAUAAAAUGUAAUUUCAUUUUUCGCUAAGGCCUCGUUUCGGCCUACGCCAUACGCCAUGCCACCCGUUUCCUUCAUCGUGAGCAACUCGCCAUAUCAAAAUGCCACAGAGAGUUAGAUACAAUUUGUUUGUAGCUCGCUAGCUAGCUAGCUAGCUAACUAGUUAGCUCGCUAGCGGGAUAUAUGGCGUAGCUGGUUCAGAUAGGCAUUUAGGUAACUUAGAUAACGUAGGUACCAAUUUUAGUGGGCAUCAAAUAUAUCGGUAGCCACAUUGCAGGACUUAGUAAUAGAAAGGCAGUGUGUUUUGUGGGACGCUAGGUAACUAGCAGAGAUAACAAAUUAGCUAUACGUAGCUAACAAGAUGGAACAGAGGUUGUAUGACGAGCUAGCUACCUUGAGAUAAUAACCUAAUCACGAGCCUGGUUGUUAGCAAACGGAUUCCCCGUACGUUAGUUGCCGACGGCUAAGAGGAUGGCAGUGGAGAGGUGGGUGAACGCCAGGGCCCUUCUGUGUCUUGUCCUAUGCUGUGUACACUCGCAUGGGCAAACAAGUCCAGACUGUCUCCCUGUGGAGGAGACAGGGUCUAGUGGGAGGCUCUCGCCGGCUGUAGAUACACAUGCUGCCGAGCAGGCACAGAGGCACCACUUGGAGGCACUGUUCAGCAAGUAUGGAGAGAAUGGCACCAUUUCCCUGGAGGGCUUGAAGCGGUUGCUGGCAAGUGUGGGCCUGGAUCGCAUCAGGAAGGUGAUGGUGCAGCACAGGGAGGAGGCGGGCCACCCGGGGGACAGCCACGAGGAUGGGGAUGCCCAGCUCCACUCCCACCACCACCACCACCGCCACGCACAGCAGCACACUCAGCCCCACUGGCACGGCCUCUCCAGCACCAAGGAAACGGGAGGAGCCGCCAAGGUCGUCAGGAGCAACGUCACUCCCGGAAAGAAGACGGAGACAUCAGACGCUCACCACAACCUGUAUGAUAAGAGGAUACCCCAGGAGAUCAGCACAACCGCCGUUUACGCCACCAAUGUCCUGGUCAAAUCUCAAGAGGUGCGCAGCCGGCGCAGCGCUGACUACGACCUGUCUCAGGAUGGAGCCACUGCUGCCAGGGGUAUUAACUCCACCCACUCGGACAUCCUAGGCACCACUACUAAGCACGUCGGCAACCUGCUGGUCACCGAGGAGCAGACCCAGUCCCCUCAGCCCAGCCAGGAGAUCCCUGAUGUCCAACACCUAGAUGACCAUGACCACUUGGAUGGCCCUGCUCAUGACCAUGACCAUGACCACAGUCACGAUGAAGACCAGGACCCAGAACAUGUCCCUGAUCUCCAUCAUGAUGAUGACCACCAUCGUGAUCAUGACCAUGACCAUGACCUUGACCAUACUCACGACCAUGACCAUGAGCCAGACCAUAAUCACGAUGAUCAUGAUCACAGCCAUGAACAUGAAAAUCACAAACAGGAGUGUUUAAAUGCUUCCAGCAUUCUUUCGUCCCAUGGAAUGACAAAGGAGAUGGUCCUCUCCCUCAGUGACUUCAGCUACUUGUGCCCAGCUCUCCUCAAUCAGAUUGAUGCCAAAUCUUGCAUCCUGCAUCCUGAAGAUCACCACCACAAAGAAAAGGACCAUGACCAUGAACAUCAUCACCACGGUCAUGGCCAUCACGGUCACGGCCAUCACGAUCAUGACGGUCACCAGCUGAAUGCCAACAGCCAGAAACCCUCUCAAAUCCAAGCAGCUUGGAUCGGGGGCUUCGUGUCCAUCACCAUCAUCAGCCUGCUGUCUCUGCUGGGUGUGGUCCUGAUCCCUCUCAUGAACCGCGUGUUCUUCAAGUUUCUGCUCAGCUUCCUGGUGGCGCUGGCUGUGGGCACGCUAAGCGGAGACGCCUUCCUGCACCUCAUCCCUCAUUCUAAUGGAGGUCAUCACCACCACCACCCAGCCAAUGAGAGCGAGGGACACCAUCACCAUGGUGACGAGGAGGACAAUCUGGAUCCGGUGUGGAAAGGUCUGACAGCCUUAGGUGGAGUCUACUUCAUGUUCCUGAUUGAACAUUUCCUGACCCUUGGAAAGAUGUACAAAGACAAGAAACAGAAGAAUCAGAAAAAAUGGGACCAGAGUGAAGACAAUGUGGAUGCUGACAAGCAGCCAGCCACAGAGGAAAACGACAAUGUGAAACCAAUCGAAGAUGUAGAGACAAAUGGGGCCGGGAUCUUCAAGGAGCAAUCGGUCUUCGCGUCCGAGCCGGCCGGCCAGGGCUCAGCGGAGGAGGAAGAGGUGAUGCUGGCGCCCCCUGCGGGCCCAUCGGGCUACGACGCAUUCACGGCGGAGGACUGCGAAAACAAGUGCCACUCCCACUUCCAUGACACGGUGGGCCAGCCCGACGACCUGCACCACCACCACCACGACUACCACCACAUCCUGCACCACCACCACUCCCAGAACCACCACCCGCAUAGCCACUCCCACUCCUACUCCCAGCAGCACUUCCAGGAGGCGGGCGUGGCCACUCUGGCCUGGAUGGUCAUCAUGGGCGACGGGCUGCACAACUUCAGUGACGGGCUGGCCAUCGGGGCGGCGUUCACCGAGGGACUGUCCAGCGGCCUCAGCACAUCAGUGGCAGUGUUCUGUCACGAGCUGCCCCACGAGCUGGGUGACUUUGCAGUGCUGCUGAAGGCGGGCAUGACCGUGAAGCAGGCCAUCCUCUACAACGUGUUGUCGGCCAUGAUGGCGUACCUGGGCAUGAUCACCGGCAUCCUGAUUGGCCACUAUGCAGAGAACAUCUCCAUGUGGAUAUUCGCCCUCACCGCCGGCCUCUUCAUGUACGUCGCCCUGGUGGACAUGGUGCCUGAGAUGCUGCAUAACGACGCGGGGGAGCAUGGGUUCAGCCACUGUGGCUACUUCCUCCUCCAGAACGCCGGCAUCCUCAUGGGUUUCAGCAUCAUGCUGCUCAUCGCCAUUUUCGAGCAUAAGAUCCAGCUGGACAUCGACCUCUGA